AUGUCUUGGACACUUGAUGUCGAUCGUGGUAGACAAACAUGGAGAUACACUGAGGAUAAGGAUCACAAACCUACUGAUGUCGAUGUCCAUUUGCUCAAUCUAAAGGCCCCUGGAACUACAUGCCCAAAGGGAUGUAAUAUGACACCAGCCAAAUCUCCCCAAGAGGCCAUCACUAAGGCUUUCCAAUACUUCUCGGCAGUCCAGACUGAGGAUGGUCACUGGGCUGGUGACUAUGGUGGUCCAAUGUUCCUUCUACCCGGUCUUGUAAUUACAUGCUAUGUAACUGGUUACUCGCUACCCGAGGCACAUUGCCGUGAGAUCAUACGCUAUAUGCUCAAUCGUCAGAAUCCAAAGGAUGGAGGCUGGGGUCUGCACAUUGAAGCCCACUCUGACAUCUUUGGCACUGCACUUCAGUACGUGUCUCUUCGUAUUCUCGGCUUGCCAGCCGCACACCCAGGCGUGACCCGUGCCCGUGACUUUCUACGAGCCAACGGAGGCGCGGUCGGAAUCCCCAGCUGGGGCAAGUUCUGGCUUGCUGUUCUCAAUGUAUACUCGUGGGAUGGUCUCAAUCCAAUCCCAAUAGAGUUCUGGUUGGUGCCCUAUGCCUUCCCCAUAUGCCCAGGUCGCUGGUGGUGUCAUUGCAGAAUGGUUUACUUGCCAAUGUCCUACCUCUAUGCUCGCCGCACCACAGCUGCCGAGACUCCGCUAAUCCGUGAGCUUCGUCAGGAGCUCUACGUCACGGACUACUCAACCAUCAACUGGCCGGCACAGAAGAACUCCAUCAAUAAGUUGGAUAUGUACGCUCCACACUCGACGCUGCUCAAGGGUAUCAAUGCUGCCCUUGGUGUGUACGAGGGAGUUCACUCGAAAUGGCUCCGGGACAAGGCCAUCGACUUUACCUUUGAUCACAUUCGUUACGAGGAUGAGCAGACCAAGUACAUUGACAUUGGACCAGUCAACAAGACACUCAACAUGCUCUGCGUAUGGGAUCGUGAAGGACAGUCGCCCAACUUCUUCAAGCACGCCGAUCGUCUUCAGGACUAUCUCUGGUUGGCCAACGAUGGUAUGAAGAUGCAGGGCUACAAUGGAUCCCAGCUCUGGGACACUGCCUUCACCAUCCAGGCCUUUGUUGAGACUGGCAUCGCUGGUCAGUUUCCUGACACAAUGCGUCUGGCAAACCACUAUCUCGACAUCUCCCAGGUGCCAGACAACUCGCCAAAUAUGAAUCACUAUUUCCGUCAUAUCUCCAAAGGUGCUUGGCCCUUCUCCACUGUGGACCAUGGUUGGCCCAUCUCAGAUUGCACAGCCGAGGGUGUCAAGGCCGCAUUGUCACUCCGCUCACUGCCAUUUCAUAUCGCACCCAUCUCGAUCGAUCGUGUCGCAGAGGGCAUAAAUGUCAUCCUGUCUCUGCAGAACAAGGAUGGUGGAUGGGCAAGCUAUGAGAACAAACGAGGACCCAACUGGCUCGAGAAAUUCAACCCAUCCGAGGUGUUCCAGAACAUCAUGAUCGACUACUCCUACGUAGAGUGCUCUGCUGCCUGCAUUCAGGCUAUGUGCGCCUUCCGUAGCCAAGCACCAAACCAUCCACGAAUUAAGGAGGUUAAUGGUUCAAUCGAGCGUGGUGUCAGAUUCAUCAAGAGCAUCCAGCGUGACAAUGGCAGCUGGUUGGGCAGCUGGGGAAUCUGCUUCACCUAUGGAACGUGGUUCGGCGUUGAGGGUCUUGUGGCGGCUGGUGAACCUCUUACAUCGCCGCACAUUGUCAAGGCAUGCAAGUUCCUUCUCUCCAAACAACGUGACGACGGUGGCUGGGGUGAAUCCUUCAUGUCCAAUGUCACCAAAGAGUACGUCCACAACGAUCAGUCACAGAUCGUCAACACUGGUUGGGCACUUCUCACUCUGAUGGCAGCCAAGUACCCACAGCGUGAGCCAAUAGAGCGUGGCAUCAAGUUCCUGAUCUCUAGACAGUAUCCAAAUGGCGAUUUCCCACAAGAGUCCAUCAUUGGAGUGUUCAACUUUAAUUGCAUGAUCAGUUACUCAAACUACAAGAACAUCUUCCCAUUGUGGGCAUUGGCCAGGUAUUGCAAUAUCUAUCUUCAGAAAGCUAAUCUUUAA